AUGGCAUCUCCGUCCCCGCCGAAAAUACUCGUCCUCGGUGUAACAGGCUAUAUAGGCGGUACCGUCCUUUACUACCUCACCCGAUCCCCCGCCCUCGCUAGAUGCCUGCCCAUUAGCGUUCUCGUUCGCGGUGCCGACCGCGCCGACAAGUUGAAGUCGGUAUACGGGGACCAGAUCUCUACUAUCCCCCUGACAGCCCUCGAGGACUUGGAUCUUAUCACUAAGCUCGCCAGCGAGCAUGACAUGGUUAUUAAUGCAGGCACGGGGUUCCACCCCGCCAGCGCUGAGGCCCUUGUUCACGGGCUAGCAAAGCGCAAAGCUGCCAGCGACGGGGGCAGUACGGUACCGCAGUGGAUCAUCCAGACGAGCGGCUGCUCCAACAUCUCGGACAACCCUUUGGCGGGCGACUGCUACGCCGAGGACUUCUGGCUCGACGACAGCGACGCCGUGCGUGUGUACGAGCUCGAGAGGGACAAGGAGGCGCGGGAGCCGUACUUUCAGCGUACGGCGGAGCUGGCGGUGCUCGACGCGGGCGAGAGGCUCGGGGUUGGCGCCACGGCCCUGCAAAUCCCGGCCAUCUUCGGGCGCGGGAGGGGCCUGUUCAGCACGGCGGAGAGGUUGGUGCCGAAUAUGAUGCGGUUCGUACUGGAGAACGGGUACGGGCCCAGGCUAGGCGACGGCACGGCGCAGAUGGGGUUCGUGCACGUGGACGACCUGGCGGGGCUGUAUGUCCGCGUGGCGGAGGAGAUCGUCGAGGGUGGGAAGAGGGUGCCGAGCGGCAGGGGUGGGAUUAUCUUUCCUUGCGUUGGGAUAGUGAAGCUGGUGGAUAUUGCGCAAGACUGUCUCGAGGCCGCGGUGAGGAAAGGCAUCAUCCAGGCCAAGGAGAUCAAAGAUGUGGACCUGGACACUGUUGCGCCCUUUUUUGGUGGUGGGCCCCUCGGGAGGCACAUCGCGGCAACCGGAUGGGCAGGUCAUUGGAACACGGUCGGCACGGUUGCUCAGAAGAAGCUGGGCUGGAAGCCUGUACAUCGGGAGGAGGCGUGGCAUGACCAUAGCCAUUUUGAUGGGGAGCUAGAUGCCGUGCUGGAGGGGAAGAGACCGUUCAAUCUGGAUAAAAUUACGGGGCAGAGGAAGUGA